UUUUUCCUUCCUCCUUUUGUCAUGCAACAGCUUGUUUUUGUUGUUGGCUUGAGCAGAGCUUCAGCACAUUUUUUUUGUUGUUCUUAACUCAUUUGCGCGUGCAACUACAGGACAUAGCGGGACGUGAUAGUUUUCUUAGAGUAAGUGCAUUGUCAUCUCACUUCGGGUGUCUGUUGGCUUGCUGUUGGAAGUUUAACGCGGAGUCAAGUGCCGCUGCUCGGUCUGUCAGGUAGCAGCGGGAGGGGGGCGGGUGGACAAGUCUGCAGGAAUUCACCAGCUCAAGCUCAAGCUCAAGCCCGACUCAAAUCUACACAAUGGAAUGAUUGCAUGGGACGAUUCGCAUCGCGCUUAGCUCCAGUAUGCCGUCUCUUCCAGGUUUCUGUUAGCUCUAAAAGCCCAGCGCUGGAUUCCUGCAUCAUUGUCAUGCCUGUCCCAUCUCGGGAUACGCAGAGCACCGGCGUUCGCCCCGCACUCGCUGCGUGCUGCGGCUGACCAGCGAUCGUGUAGAAAAUCAUAGCUCGGUGGUUUUGCCGUCAUGCCAGUUAAGAAAAGGCAAAGCACGCUGCUUUUCCCGUGAACAAAUUUACGUUCCCUUUUCUCUUGAACAGCAAUGUGACAAACAUUACGUCAUUCUGCAGGCCAGUCGAUAUUUGAUUAAGCGCCGAGAUGUUGAGGGUUACUUUCAGGAAGGUUGUGCUGACGAGGCGCGCUUUACUGCGUGGAAAAAAAAAGAAAGAUGUUUUAAUCAUUUGAUUACUCUCCGCUGUCAUUAUGUUUAUGUGACAACACUAUCAAUAACCACUCGUUUGUCAUGCACGCUGCUUUAGAUCAAUGUGGAGGCUUUCAGUUUUAUUGGGUACCAUUUAAUCGGCUGUGUUACGAACACCUGAUAAUAAGUUUUAUGAGAAGGUGGCCAGAGUGAUGAACUCAGACCAGGAAAGGCCGUUUGUGUGCAAUGCUCCUGGCUGUUCUCAGCGUUUCCCCACGGAGGACCAUCUGAUGAUUCAUCGACACAAACAUGAGAUGACCCUCAAGUUCCCCUCCAUAAAGAACGACAACAUGUUAUCAGACCAGACACCCACACCAACACGCUUCCUGAAGAACUGUGAGGAGGUGGGAUUGUUCAGUGAACUGGACUGCUCGAUUGAGCAGGAGUUUUGCAAGGCCCAAGAAGAAGACGACAGCAAACAGAACAUCACGCUGCACAGCCAGGCAGGCCAAGGUCAGCACCAGCAUUCCCACUCACGGAUGGGCAACCAUGAUACCAGCAUAGUGAUCCAGCAGGCCCUGCCAUCUCCUCAGUCCAGCUCCGUCAUCACUCAGGCUCCAUCCACCAACAGACAAAUUGGGCCUGUCCCCGGCUCUCUGUCCUCACUGCUGCACCUACGAAACAGACAGAGACAGCCUCUGCCAGCCUCCAUGCCUGGAACUCUGCCAGACCCGACCAUGCCUGGCUCCUCUGCUGUGCUGAUGCCCAUGGAGAGACAAAUGUCCAUGGGCUCCAAUAUGAUGGGUAUGCAAGGACCCACCCACAGCAGCUCCUGCUCUUCCACUCACAUUCCCUCCAUGCACUCAGAAGCCAAACUGAGACUGAAGGCUGCACUUUCACACCACCCGGGUGCCAUCGCCAACGGCAACAUGAACUCCAUGGGACACAUGAUGGAGAUGAUGUCAUCGCGGCAGGAGCAAGGCGCCCACCAUCACAUGCACUCACACCCGCACCAGCACCUGCAAGCCCCUCCCCAUGCAUACCAGCACCACGGCCAUCACCACCACAGCCAGGGCCACGGCCAGGGUGGGCACCACCACCCGCAGGGACACAACCCCCAUCACAACUCCCACAAUCCCCACCUCCAUCCUGGACAUCCACACCAGACCUCGCCGCACCCUCCAAUGCACUCAUCUUCACAUAUGUCACCUGCAACCCAGCAGAUGCAGCCAACACAGACUCUGCAGUCUCCGCCUCCCAGCGGUGGGCGGCGCAGGCGAGUAGUGGACGAGGAUCCGGAUGAACGCCGGCGGAAGUUUCUGGAGCGGAACAGAGCAGCGGCAACAAGAUGCAGACAGAAGAGAAAAGUGUGGGUGAUGUCAUUAGAGAAGAAAGCAGAAGAACUCACUCAGACCAACAUGCAGUUGCAGAAUGAAGUGACCAUGCUAAAGAACGAGGUGACCCAACUCAAGCAGCUUCUCCUCACACACAAGGACUGUCCCAUCACCACUAUGCAGAAAGAGUCCCAAGGUUACCUCAGUCCAGAGAGCAGUCCGGCAGGCAGUCCAGCGCCAGCGUGCUCCCAGCAGCAGGUCAUCCAGCACAACACCAUCACCACCUCCACCACAACCGUAGGGGGCAGCAGUGUGCACGGGCAAGCCAACCACCGCACAGACAUUAACCCCAUCCACUAGGGACAGGAGAGACUAUGACCCCGGCUGUAGCCCCAGACAACCACCAACCCCACCACCCUGCUUUCUGAGGGUUGCCAGCUGCAAAUGCUGCCCCACCCCCACCCUUACCCCUCCAUCAAGAAAAACCUCAAAGGCCCUGUGAGGCUGUUCUUUAUACAGUAGCUACAGUAUGUAUUUUUAUAGACCAUCCCUAUUAAAUGUUCUAUGGUUUGUUGCCUCCUUUUUUAAUCUUUUGUUUUCUUUGUGCUUUUAGCGAAAAGGGAGUUGCAUUUAAGUGACUUUUUUUCUGUUGUGUAAUGGUACAAAAUGGACCACAGGGGUCAUGGAACAGUCAUGGACAGAGACAUUAGCCUUAGAUCGUCAUCUCUAUAUGAGUAAACCUUACAUCUCUGUAUGCCUGAUGGACUGAAAAAUGAGUCAAAUCAUUCUCUGAAUACCACAUGUGAACGGUGUGUUGAGUGUAUGCGACAGAGUCUGAAUAAGUGAGUGUGACGCUGCUGCCUUUAUUUGGUCUUCUGAAACCAAGUCAAACUGUCACCACGAUGUCUUGAAGACAAGGAAUAUGCAAACAGGUGUAACGAUACUUUUCUUUCCUAGAAAUCUACAUGACUGUUAACCUUUUGCCUGUCAGCGGUAUUCUUAAAGAGCGUUCUAAAGUACGGCACGACAGUGAAAACAUGAUCAAAUGGAAGCAAUACAUCACAGUAUUGAUCCUCGUCAAUACAUUGCAGUAUUGAUCGUCUUCUGUGCUGUAUGUCCACAUUAUGAUCAGCGUGGUCAAGCCACUCUUGUCCUGAGGACAUACGAUACUGUUACAGCUACAGAACUGUACACUGUGAUACCAGUGAGGCAGCUCGGGGGUUUGAAACAAAAUCCUCCGCUCUCAAGGACCAACUGAAGCUUUAAUUACAGAGGCCUCUUUUUUGUGUGUUUGUGUAUCUGAAUCCUCAUUUUGGAUUCAAAUCCCAAAUUAAUAUAACAUUCGAUGACGUCUACAUAGUUUUGAGUGUGCAUGUGAAUUACAUGUGAGUUUGUAUUUUUUUUCUUCUUUGUUCUGCGGGUGUGUAAUGGAAGAAAAAGACAAAAAAAGUGUGUGAGAAAGUGACUGUGAGCACGAUAGGGUUUUUGACUGGCGUCCCGAAACUGGCAAAGUGUUUUACAGUUUGUUAAGAGGAACAGUUUAUGUCUGUGCUUUCCAAAAUGUCACAAUGUGCCUGAAUCUUUCUUAAAAUGUUUUGUUGGCUUACUGUAGAUAGCAAAACACACUUUCUUAUUUCUCCAAACAAUCCAAACCGUUUAAUUCUCGGUGUGUUAUUAAUAAGCUUUCACCAUUAUUGGCUUUGUCAUGGAUGUUUGCUGCAUGACCAAGGAGAAAAGUAACUGUUUUCCCUUUGACAUCUAACCUCUUUAUCACUUUCUCUUCCUCUCUUAUCUCAGGCCUCCACUUCAGUUUAGAUUUGCGAUGGGAUGUACUGAUAAUGAUAUAUGCUUUACCUUUUUUUUUUUUUUUUUUUUUGUAAAAAAAAAAAAAACUCCCUUGUAGCCUUGGAACUUCAGGUCUUCUCAUGUUGACCACCACCGCUUUUUCUCUCUUUCCUAUGACCAGGAAUGUCGAUUCACUAGCAGGAUGACCAUAAUGCACUGUGUUUUGCAGUAGGAUGGAUGAAAACAUUCCACUGACAGGUGGAGCAAUUGCAGAGCUGUCUAUGCACUUUGUCCUCUGCCAUGCCAGAGGGUAGAAUAGCCAUAUUAAGGUCCGAGUAAUUCUCAGUGACCCCUCCCCUCUUUUUUUUCACACACCAGCGAGAAACUUAACUGUGUUUGGCUGUAUGGAGACAAUGUGCCUGGCAUGCAUCACAUGUCUAUAGAUAGAAAAGGGAACCAGUUAAUACUGUGGGAUUAGACUCAGUUAAAAGGACCCUGCAUCAUUGAGUUUGUACCCUUUUUGCUCCAGAAAAAAAAAAACCUCCAGCACCAGUUGUUUUUACAGAUGAAGGAAGAAUAUCUUGAUCCUCACAUUUGGUUGCGUUCAAGUUUUGUUGAAGCAUUCACACUGCUCAGGUCAUGUCUUAACCUUAGAGUCUGUGUGUGCAGUUUGAUAUGUGCACUGAUGAGACAGAGAAAUCGAUUCUCUUGAAAAGGGCUUUGUCGUACCAUCCCUUUCAACUGAGCUUGCCUUAUUUCGGGUUGUUUUCUUAAACCAUCUUUAGAUUGUUAGACCAUUCCAAAUUAACCUCUUGCAUGUGAAAAUAUGCUAAUGAUCUCAAAAUACUUUCAACUGGAAUCAUUUGGAGGAUGUUGCUAUUUUAGAGUUGGAUAUGAGCCUCAAGUUUCAUUUCUGACAGCGGAUUCGGGUUCAGAUAAAGACAUUUGUCCCUGCAGAGGCAGACAAAAAGAACAGAUGAAAGUGCAGUGUGAGUGUGUGAGUGGUUUUGUGCGAGGAAAAUUUCCACACAUUAAUGAUGUUAUAAUUGUAUUAUUUUAAAUCUGAAACUAUAAAUAUUGUACAUAAUAUCAUUAAUUUCUGUAAUCCUGUACAUGUAAAGGAACCACCUUUCUUUUUGAAGGGAGUAAAUGUGUGGUACAUGUCUGUAAAUAAUGUUUGCAUAGCACUUGUUGCCUUUUGUCGUACGUCGAGGCUCAUUUCAGCGCUUAAACACAUUGUUUAUAUGUAAUGAACUGAUGAAUCCAUUCUUUGCCUGCAUAACUUUGUACAUUUUUUUGUGUCUAUGUAAUGACAUUUUCUUCAUUUUGUUUGUUUCGCAUUUGUACAGAUGUUAAAGUAUCACUGCAGUUACAUUACGGUAUGAAAAUAAAGCACUUGUUCUGUCACACACAACUAACA